AUGGCGUGGCCAGUAUCGCCAUGGAUCGCCGCUCUUUUGCUUGUCGGCUACGCCACGUAUGCGGGGUUCCGCAAUCGCGUGCGGAUGCAUGCGGAGAGGCACGGGAAGCGCAUUGGCCCAAAGGUGGUCGCCCUCACGGUGCAGCGAAUCUUGGAGUGGUAUUCCCGGCUGGUCGGGGUGCGCCUGGCGUCGCAGAGUGGGGAGGGUUUGAAGAACAUAGACCCCAAGCGGCCUUACAUCAUAACAUGGCACCCACAUGGGGCGUAUUCAUGGUCGGCAAUAUUCUCGUGCUCCAAGUUCGCUGUGCUUGGCCAGCCGGUUGGACCUGAAUGGUUCGCCGUCGUGGCGCCAGUGCUUUUCACGAUCCCUUUCGUUUCGGAGGCGCUGAUGCUCCUGAACGGCCGGUCUUGUGCGAAGUCUGUUGUCGAGGGCUUCUUGAGAAAGGGGAAGACCAUCGGGCUGCAGCCUGGAGGCAUCCGGGAGCAAUUGGCCACCCUCCACGACCAGGAGCAGGCCAUAUUCCCCGCUAAGCUGGGGUUCAUCCGCUUGGCGAUCAAGUAUGGCCACGACCUCUUGCCCGUGUAUUUUUUCAACGAGAACCAGCUGUUCUGGCAUUCGGAAAGGGCUGGCAGCAUUGCCAGGUGGCUAUACAGGACGACUGGCGCCGGGCUGCCCUUCGUCGCUGGGCGGUUCGGGGUCCCGUUCGGCUUGCCACGGAAGACCGACAUCCACAUCCGCUGGGGGAGUCCCGUGAGGGUGGGGGGCCCCGAUCCCGAACCAAGCGACGAAAAGGUCGAGGAGGUCUUCGCCGCCUACGCGAGGGAGCUGCAGGGCAUCUUCGCGCGGCACGCCUUCGAGUGCCUCCGGCCAGAGGUCGCGGAGAGAGGUUUAAGGAUUGUCCGGCUGGACGGCGGGGAGGUGCCGCCCAUGCCGCCGAUGGUGAUGCCGUGA